CAGACACGCAGACGCAGGUCUAACUCAAGGAAAGAAAAGAAAACUAAUAUGUUUAUACAUAUGUAGAGAUUGUGACAGAGCCAUGAGACAAUCUGCUCUCCUUAUUCUGAUGCUGAACUCCUUCUGUGCCCUCUCACAAAUCCCCCAUAAAGCUGUCUACGUCGUGGGCUGCUUUGACAACUGCAAAACUCAAGUCCAGUAUGAGUUUGACAGUGAGGAAUUUCUUUACAUGGAUUUUGAGAGGGAUGAGGUCGUUUACUCGGUGCCACCUUUUCUUCUACUGAACCCAAGUGAAGUUCUGGGUCGUGAGCAUGUUCAUAAAGAUGCUUUAAAGGCGAAAAAAGCGUGUUCUACUGUUUAUUCUUUCCUUAAAGGUCAGGGAAUACAUCCACCAGAGGAAAAAGACCCUCCUGAGAGUGUCCUCUACCCUGCAGACGAGGUUCAGCUCAACGUUGAAAACAGCCUCAUCUGCUAUGUGAACCACUUCUACCCACCAGAAAUCAAAGUCAGCUGGACUAAAAAUGGCCGUCCGGUGUCAGAGGGGGCAUUGCUCAGUCGGUAUUAUCCCAAUAAAGAUCAAACCUUCCACCAAUUCUCCACCCUGAAAUUCACACCAAAGGAGGGGGACGUUUACAGCUGCACAGUGGAGCACGUCGCUCUGGAGCAGCCUCGAACAAAGAUCUGGGCUUCCUCCACAGAUCUGGACGUCAGUCACCCCCAUCUUGGACCUGAUGUUGUCUGUGGAGCGGGUCUGAUGCUGGGUUUGCUGGGGAUCGCAGGUGGAACAUUUUUUGUGGUCAAGGGCCGACAUGCACGCCAAUAGAUUCUUCAUUUUAGAGACAUUUUCACAUCAAAACAGAAUGUUAUGAUGGUAAUUCAGCAAAAGGCUGAACUAGUGUCAUAACGCCAUACGCAGGUCUCCUGAUAGAACUACGCUGAUAGAGUUACAUAUUGCAGGUAACUGAGGCUCUCUGUGUAAAUGUGAUCUAUCUGAUGCUUUCUCCUUGUGGAAAAUGUUUGAGCAAGGAUUUCAGCUUUGAACCUUCCUUUGUAAUGUGGAAAUUUGCACAUUGUCUUUCUUGUGUAUUUUUUGCAUUAAAACUGUUUUUGUUAAAUUGUUGUAUGUCUUAAACUCAGGGUAACUGACUCACUGUUUGGUUAUAUACCUGCUAAAUGAGCUCAACACUGUUCAGAAA